AUGUCAGUCAAGUUUGAACGGGAUACGCUGCGGCAGACUACGCAGAAUGUCGCCGCCAACGCUCUGCCCGACGGCAGAAUCCCUGGCACCAGCGGCAAGCAUCCUCUGGCCGAGAAGGUUGGCACAGCCCUGACGGGCGGCAUCCAGAAUGCUGGUACCAAAGGAUAUCUCGCUGCCUAUAUCAAGCAGCUCGAGUCGAAUCCCCUGCGAACAAAAAUGCUCACGGCUGGUUCUCUCGCGGGUGCCCAAGAGCUCAUUGCUUCAUGGCUCGCCAAGGACCGCAACAAGCAUGGACACUACUUCACCUCCCGUGUUCCCAAGAUGGCAGCGUACGGUGCUCUUGUCAGUGCGCCGCUUGGCCACUUCCUCAUCUGGCUUCUGCAAAAGGUCUUUCGAGGCCGAACUAGUCUGAGAGCCAAGAUCUUGCAAAUUUUUGUUAGCAACCUGGUUAUUGCGCCCAUCCAGAACAGCGUUUAUCUUGUUGCAAUGGCCCUCAUUGCAGGCGCUCGUACUUAUCACCAGGUUCGAGCCACCGUCAAGGUUGGCUUUUGGAGAGUUAUGCGCGUCUCCUGGAUCACGUCGCCAAUUUGCCUUGCCUUCGCUCAGAAGUUCCUGCCUGAUCAGCUUUGGGUGCCCUUCUUCAACCUUGUUUCGUUCGUCAUUGGCACCUACAUCAACACCGUAACCAAGAAGAAGCGUCUUGCCGCUCUCCGCAAGAAGCACUUUGGCGACGGCCGCCCUAGCGCAAGCAUGGGCCGCCCCGAUGAUUAUCCUCCCAUGGGACCCAACCCUCCUUACUAG